AUGACAGUGGAGAGCCAGCAAUUGCGGAAGUACAUAGCAUUGUACAACAGAGAGGUCGAGGAGUUCCACGGUGGGGCGGCCGCAGGCCGCCCACGAGAGUUCCACCCGUCGGACGUGCACGUUAAGAGCACCCACGAGAAAGCGAGCGCCAGGGACCCCAGUGUUGAGGUCAGUCUUGGCGUGGAGUGGGACAGCGAAGAAAAGGAGACGUUCUUCUGGUGUCUUUCACGUUACAGCAUCCACCGCGUGGAGGAGUGGCGCCCGCUGUUGCCCAGGAAGAGCGCCAUGGAGAUCCUGGGCUACUACAAGCUGCUGCGCCGGGCGAGCGCGCGUGCGAGCUCGCGCAGGGCGGGUGACGGAGAAGGCGCGCAGCCCAUUGCGUACGAAAUGAGCAGUGGGUGGGUCGCGCUGGAGACGAAGCUCAGCGAAGCCGCCGGGGAAGCCGCAGGCGAGCCCCCCGCAACCGAGGAAGGAGACGCCGAGGCGGAGUCCGAGGGCGCUCUCAUCGACUACGACAGCUGGCGGCGCAGGUGGGAAGCGAUUUACUCGCACAGCCGCAU